AACCCCUAUUACAAUCCCGUGGCGCGCCGGCGCAACACGACCUUCUGGUUAGAGUAUCCAUUUUGAUCACAUAUUCCUAUCCAACAACAAUGGCAGAUAUCGAGGAUACUCACUUUGAGACUGGAGAUUCAGGCGCCUCCGUGACAUACCCUCAACAGUGCUCAGCAUUGCGCAAAAAUGGUUUCGUCAUGUUAAAAUCACGUCCGUGCAAGAUUGUAGAAAUGUCGACUUCUAAGACCGGCAAGCAUGGUCAUGCCAAGGUUCAUUUAGUAGGUAUUGACAUAUUCACCUCCAAGAAAUACGAAGAUAUCUGCCCCUCCACACACAAUAUGGAUGUGCCGUUUGUUAAGCGGGAGGAUUACCAGCUUACAGAUAUAUCUGACGACGGCUAUCUCUGUCUGAUGGCUGAUAACGGAGAACUGCGCGAAGAUCUCAAAAUACCUGAUGGUGAUUUGGGAACACAGCUGCGUGCUGAUUACGAAUCAGGAAAAGAGUUACUUUGCACUGUACUCAAGGCAUGCGGUGAGGAGGUAGUAAUCGCCGUUAAAACUAACACCUCCCUCGACAAAUAAUUGUGUUCAGCCCAACUACGACGACAGAGAAGCCCAAUACAUUCGAGCAAAAACCACCCGCUUAGCCAAUCAAUCAACACCUUUACUAUUGGUCAAACAGGAUAAACAACAAUAAUAUAA